AUGGAUAAGGUUAUGAAAAGCAUUGGUAAAUCCCUAGUUCGUUCUGUUUUUCUUUUUCAAGUGGGAGAGCUGCCAAAGAAGCCCUUCUUGGGCACACUAGCUGCAAAUUUCAAGCUUUUGAAAGUACUGGAUCUUCAGAAUGCUCCUUUGCAUCGACUUCAUGAAGAAGUGGGAAAUCUAUUUCUUUUGAGAUUCCUAAGCAUAAGGAGAACAAAUGUGGGGAUAAUUUCAAAGUCCAUAGGUAAGUUACACAACCUACAAACUUUGGAUCUAAAACAUUCCCCAGUGAGAGAGCUCCCAUUUGAUAUCAGUAGAUUCCAUAAGUUACGACAUCUUCUUGCCUGUUCUCGUAACCAUGAAUCUAAUUACUUGGUAGAUUAUAUAGUAGGAGUGAAGAUACAUGGAGGGAUUGGAGGUUUAGAGGAGCUACAAAGUUUGUGGUAUAUGCGGACAAAUCAUGGCCUAAUUAAAGAGCUUGAGAAUUUGAGGCAGUCGAGGAAGUUGGGAAUUAUGAAAUUGAGAAGAAAACAUGGGAGGGCUCUAUGUACAGCCAUUGAGAAGAUGAAAUACCUUAAACGUUUGAGUGUAAGGGCCUCAAGCGAUGAUGAGAUUCUGGAUGUACAGUAUAUAUCAUCUCCACCUCAAUAUCUUCAAUAUUUCGAGUUGGUUGGACGUUUAGAGAAAUUUCCUGACUGGAACUUGAAACUUCAAAAUCUAGUCACAUUACGUCUAUUGGGUUCAAGUUUGACCAAGAAUGAUCCACUAAAAGCUCUUCAAGAAUUGCCUAGUUUGGUACUUCUUGUUCUUGUUGAUGCAUAUGAUGGGGAACAGUUGUAUUUUGAGGUCGGAAGGUUUCAAAAACUUAAGCAACUACGUCUCGUAGGGUUGAAGGGAUUGAAUUCGGUGAUAAUAGAGGAAGGAGCAUUGCCUCUUCUUGAACUUCUAACUUUUGAGCCUAGCUCGCAACUAAAGGAGGUACCAUCUAGCAUCCACCACCUCAGAAACCUCAAAACUCUCCAGUUUGUUAGUAUGCCAGAAGAAUUGAUAGAUAGAAUGGAACCCAAACCCAACCAAGGAAAAGACUACUAG